CCGCACCCUCCUACGUAGACGACGUCUUUAAACUAUUUGAGGUACUGUGGUUCGACUGAAUGAGGCCAAGGGAUCGAACACCGCGAAAAGGCCUGAGUAUGGAGGGUGUUUGUGAAGUGAGGUGCAACAUAAGAAAGGGAGUGUGUACAUUAGGCCGUAGAGGGUGCAUAAGGAUCGAAACAAGGGGGAAGUGACAACAACUGGAAAAUGGGAGGGGGGUAGAAUUGAACGUGUAUGAGUUGGGGAUAGCGACAAGAACCAUUGUACGAUAAGUAGGGAGGGUUGAAAGACUUAAACACGAAAGGCAUGGAAUCUCGGCGGGUGCAGCGAUCGGACUAAGAAAGCAGGAAAGGAGACAUUGCGAGAUGGCCCGGCGAAUGACGUUUUGGGUGGAUAGACCUCGCGGGAUCCUGCCACCAAGAAUAUCAGAGGGCAGGGUCGAAAUAAGCCUGCCGGCAAGAAAUACGGUAGGCAAUCCGGUAAUGGACUGGGUGGGGGUAGAGUUGGUGGAAGAUACGGUGUACCUAGUAGUGAAGCUGGAAUGGCGGGCGAGAGGGGAGUUUGGGGGCGUAGACUUGAACCGCUCAGGGCGUGUACAUGCGACAAGAUCCUUACACCUGUCGGAAGAGGGAUGGCGGACCUUUGGGAUUGCUUUGGUUUCCGGGGAUGACCUCGUGCGAAUGUUCGAAGGGGCAUGGCAAGCGACCUGGCGGGAGGGGUUUGAGUUUGCAGAUCCGGAACGAGAUGAUAUGACGACUAAGGUAAAAGUCGUCGCGGCAGAGGUUUUUGAGCUGACAAAUGAGGUCGUACGAAUGAGUCUACCACCCUUCCUGCUAAGACGAAUGGGAGGCAUAGAACGCGUGGAGCAGGCGGUGACUGCCGUAACUAGGCUAAAUUUUGACGAAGCAUUAAGGUAUCGAGAAUACUAUCGGACCUUCCUAGAGAUGGGGCCUUUCGGGGACGAACAAGGGCGCAAGGUGCUUUGCAUUCUAAGAGUUACGGUAAAUACUAGGCCAGGAUUCCCACAAAUAAGCGAUGAGAGCGAUGAGACCAUGUGGAGAGUCAUCCGGCGAGAGUUACUAGGAACCAUGGUGUCGGUGUCUUUUCAGACCAUGCUGCAAGCUAGCCCUAGGUUGCUCAAAGGGCUCAGACAACUGUUGACUCGGAGGCGAGUAGAAAUAGGCGACAACCCCGAAUUACCAGAAGGGGAGAGGGAGGAGGAAGCUCCGCAAGAAGUGGCUAACCUUCAGAAAAGUCACGGGGACUUGGAGGAUCUCGAAAAAGCCUUUGCAGACAUUCGUUUGAGCUUGCCCGACCGGGAGGGCGGCGAAAUCAUGAGGUCACCACCCGGGACAAAGCUUAGCUUUCACGCACUGCCCAUAGGGAAACUGAAAAUCCAGAUCGGGGGUCAUCAUACCGACGCAUUAGUAGACGGGGGAGCAAAGAUCACUCUCAUAAGAAGAGAUUUCACAACGAUCAUGGGAUGUACGGUUAACAAGGAAGUAACAGGGAGCAUCCGGGGGGCUGGUGGAAAAAUCCUGUUUGCUGGGUACGUCACGAAGUAUGCCGUGAAGGCAGGGGUCAGGGAAUCAAUCUGGUCAUUUCAGCGGAUGACCGUAAUAGAGGAAAUGGACCACGACAUAAUCCUCGGGAGACCGUGGUGCGCGAACGUAAAGAUGAUAGGCAUGCACUUGCACCAUGGCUCGUACAUGGUAGACAUAGAGGACCCUGUGACCGGUCGGGGAGAGCUCCUCCGACUCCUUGGAACAGGAGGAAACCCCCCGAGGGGGAAAUUGGCAACAUGGUCGCCGUCGUUCGAGGAUAGCACGCGAAAAGGGGUUUUCACACGGAUGGAGGGUAUGAGAGAAAGGGUAGAAAUCAUGAUUGAGGAAGCAUUCAACAAGAAGGAGUGGAUCAAGAUGGGUCUGCCCCAGAAGAAGAGGAGGCAGGAGGACGAAGUCCUAGGUGUUAUGGUAGCGGAAAAGGAGUCAGAGGUCGAACUUGAUGCUAGCCUGCCCAAACGGAAAGAAGUACGCAUAGACGUGUCGAAAAUCGCACUCGAGAUCCCCGAUCUAUUGCAACUCAUCAAGGCCUUCAGAUACCACAAGGUAGGAGUGGAUUCGGCAGCCUUGGCCAAGUUCGAAAGAAAGGUGCAAAAGAGAUAUUGCCUGAAUGGGAAACUAGUUAGAGAAGUAACAGACCUCCUCCGAGCGAAGAUGGACUCCUUCGUUGCGGAGCCUACGACAUCACCAUACGCAAAUCGGUGGUUCGUCUUUCGGAAGCUUAACAAGACACUAAGGUGGAUUCAGGACCUUCAGAAGUUGAAUGCGGUAACCAUCCGGGAUGCUGGCUCGCUACCUCAGGCUGACUUAUUAGCAGAACCGCACGCCGGUCGGAGCAUUUACUCCCUGAUAGAUCUGUACUCAGGGUACGACCAGCUUCCAUUGGAUGUUCGGGACAGGCCAUACACCGCUAUGCACACCUCCGUAGGCCAGCUACAGAUGCAAGUGACACCUAUGGGAUUCACAAACGCGGUGGCCGAAGCGCAACGCAGGAUGCUCGUCGUGGUCGGGGACAUGUUCCCAGAAAAAUGUGAACCUUACAUCGAUGACAAUCCGAGCAAAGGCGUGCAGGAAAAGGACGAGACGGAAGUCCAGCCAGAGAUCCGACGUUUUGUGCGGGACCACUUGCAGGACAUCAAGGACUUACUCCAUCGGUUCCUAGUAUACAACAUUACGGCUAGUGGACCAAAGAGUAUCCUAGCAGUACCAAAGGUAACUAUACUAGGAUUUCGUUGCGGUGCUUACGGCAGGAAGCCGGAUCCGGCAAAGACCGACAAGAUAUCACAGUGGCCGACACCACUGCGCACGACGACGGAGGUAAGGGCAUUCCUACGCGUAGUCGGCUUUUGGAGGAUUUUCAUUAAGAACUUUGCACAGAUUGCUGAGCCUAUCCGGGCUAUGAUCAGGGAAGAAGGAACCAUGGAUUGGACGGAGGAGCGAGAAAGAGUUGUCCAAAGGCUCAAGGACAUAUUGACAUAUGAGACAGUCGCCCUAUCCGCGCCUUGUUUUAAUGACGAAGUGGGACGACCCUUCAUCCUAGAGACGGAUGGAGGACCUUCGGCCGUAGGAGGUUUGUUGAUUCAAAGGGAUGAGGGAGGAAAAGAGAGGCUGAUUAGGUUCGAAAGUAGAACCCUGAACUCCGCAGAACAGCGGUACUCGCAAUUUAAGAAGGAAGUCAUAGCCAUCCUGCAUUGCCUUAAGACCUUCCAGGCCUACCUAUUUGGGAGGCGGUUCAUCUUAAGGAUCGAUCCGACGAAUGUCGCAGGGGCUCUAAAGAAUUACAGGCCUAUAGAUCCGACGGUAGGGAGAUGGGUAGGAUUCAUCUGGCAGUUCGAUUACAAGAUCGAAUGGAUUGCUGGAAUCCGCAACAAGGCAGAUGGGCUGAAUCGGGUUUGCAACACUCCCAAAGGGAUGGACGAUGCAGAGCCCAUAGACGCCUUCCUCGAAUACGAAGGAGGGACUCUCGCGGUGGAUAACGAAAUGAUGAGCGAGGGAUGCACAUCGGAAGAACUAUUGAUCCAGACUUUGGAGAAGAGGGCACCUGCCGUAGUAGCAGAACUUAGGGAAGGACCAGCUACCACUCGAGGACGCAGAGAAGAAAAGGACUCAUGGGGAGCGAUAGUAGGACCGAAAGAGGAACUAAUGGCAAUGGCGGUCGAGGGAGGCCGGAAAGCAGUGAUGAGCUUAGUGGAAUCUUGGGAAAGGAAAGAGUUGCAAUGGGUGGUAAACCAGAUGCAGGAAGGAAAGGAUGGGGGCCAGGAAGGGAAGGAGUUUUUCUAUGUCCAAUCAUACGAAGGGUUUUUUCGGGAGGUCGGACUGAUGUUGGUACGAAACAAACAACCUAUGGAAGUUAGUAUUAAAGCAAGAGAAGAAGCCGAAAGGUAUAUGUUGGAUGCGCGAGACAACCUGAGCGGGUUCGUGGAGGCAGUCGCCUCCAAGAAAAAGACAGGGAGGAGUGUGGCGGACUGGAUAGAAGACUUCUACUUGAGACAUCCGUUCGUCAGGAGGUUUAUAGCACACAAUCGGACGAAAUUUGUGAACCAAGAAGUAUUGGGGAUGCUUAAGAGACUUUGCGUACCGAUCAAACUCAUCGAGCCGUAUCACCCUGAGGCCAAUGCACCUGUGGAAAGGGGGCACCGAACCUUGAAGAACACGAUUGCAAAACUCGCAGCAGACCAUCUGGGAAACUAGCCUAGGUAUCUUAAGCAGGUUGUCUUUGCAGAGAAUAUGACUCCUAAAAGGACAACAAGAUGUAUCCCGGUAGAGCUUUGGUACGGAAGAGAGAUCGACUUUCCUGUGGAAGCCUUGGUACCUACCUGGAAUAGGUUAGAUGAUGAUCCGCAAAUGACCAUUGAAGAGUUAAUCGAGGCAAGAUGUCAACAAAUCCUUAAGAAUGAG